GCACGAUGAACAUUGGUCUUCGCUCCACUGGGAACUCCAGCAACUACAACUGCGAGUGGCUGCGAGGUGGGAGCCUACCCAGGAACUCACCCCAUCUUGGCUACCGUGGCUAUGGCAGUGGCCAUUGGAACCCUCUAAGCCACAAGGCCACCAAGGUCACUGUGGUCUUGGAAGGCCACCAGGACGACGGUCACCAGGACCCCCAGAAAAAUGAGGUCACCAAGGCCACCAAGGCUACCAAGACCAUUAUGACCACUAUGGUCUCUUUGUCCACUGUGACCACUGUGGCCAUUAUUGCCACUACAGCCACUGUGGCCACUUUGGCCUCUAUGACCACUGUGGCCACUCUGGGCAUUGGAACCACCAUGGUCUGCAUGGCCAUUGUGCCCACAGUGACCCGUGAUGUCACUGUGCCUACUGUGGCUCCCAUGGUCACCGUAACUACUGAGGCCUCCAUGGCCACCAUGGUUACCAAGGCAACCAAGGUCACUGUGGCCACCAUGGUCACUGUAACAAGGCAUCCAUCCUGGAAAAACCCAUCCAAGAGCUGCCCAGGGAGGGAGCCAUGCCAGGGCAGCAGGACCAGCACAGAGGGGCUGGAGCAGCCACGACAGCACAGGACAGCAUGGACAGCAGAGAUUGAGCGGCACCUGGGGCCGCUUGGGCACUUCCCGAUAGAGGGGUUUGGGAGUGGCAAUGUCACGGCCUCCUGCUAGCGCUCCUUGGCUGCCUCACCUGAUGCAGCAAUAAAUUGUUGUUCUCUCACCUGCCAUAUAAGAAAUGUAUCAAAACCUUGAUCCUUGCUUUCCUGGUAUAUAAAAAAUUUAUCAGAAAUUUGAUCCUUGCUCGCCUGGUGUAUCAAAAGUUUACCAAAAUUUGCUGCUGGCCCGCCUGAUGUAUCCGCUACAGCUCCUUUAACGUGUUUCCUGCAGGGUGCCUCAUUUCCUAAAAUAAAGCAGCUCCUGGAGUUUUAGUUAGAA